AUGCUCAAAAGAAAAACAUUUUGGACACUUGAAACCAAAAGACGGAAACGCCAUGCUAUGCCCUUGCCCCAUGCCAGCACAAUACCUCCAGGCCCCAAGCCUGGCCCAGAAGACACAAUGACCAAAAAAGAAGAAAAGAGUACAAGAAUAACUUCCUCAAAUUGCCCCAGUCGCCAAGACUGCGCAAAAGAGAAUAGGCCAGCGAAAAAAACGGAUCAGCGAAGAAACGAUGUCUCGCGCGAACGAAGCCGACUAGGAAAACGCAGGGAUUGCCGAGAUACGGGGAACACCGACAUCGCGGCGACCAUGGUGGCGGGCGCGGUGCACAAAGGAGAAAGCGGAGGCGUGGAUCAGCGCGUCGUCGUUUCUAGUGUGCGGGCGGGGGAAUGGAUCAGUCUGGUGCUGAUGUGUGGUGGUGGUAUAUGGUAG